CACAGAAAACGUCACAUCACGUAAAACUAUCAUGCACAAAAAAAUACAAAAUCUCAAGUUAUGCAAAGUAUUUCCAUCUAUUGACCACCUGUCAAUAUCAAAUGAUUCCGCAUAUCAUGUGUGUCCAGUCAAUAUCACGUGCUACAUUGUCCAUGUGUCUCUGUGCUUACUUGUCUCUCGAUUCUUCAUUGACCCCUUCCUACCUCACUCAACAACCCACUCCACCACUCAUUCAUUCACCUAUUACAUUAACACAUAGACAGCUUGUUUCAUCAUUGGACAGAAUUUUCACUAUAUAUACUACGCUGGUACUAUACUCAUGGCCACAAAACUUCACUCAAUUCAAGUCGUCUCGAAACCAACCAACUACACUCUCCUCUUCACUCGGUCACCCUUCUUCUCCUCCGACUGCAAUGGAUGAACUCAGAGCUCUUUUCGAUGAAGCCGAUGUCAACAAAUCAGGCAAGUUGUCGUCACAUGAAUUGAAGAAUCUGUUGGAGGGUGAUUUUGGCUGUGAGAUUCCGAAGGAGCGUUUCGAUGAAUUCUUGAAGGAGACCAAUUUGGAUGGUGAUAAGGAGUGGAGUAUUGACGAUCUCGUCAAACUCUUCACCUCAUGA